AUGUGGAAGCCAACAGUCCUGCUCGCUGCUGCCCUGGCGGUUCCGGCACAAGCACUUCACUUCUUCCUAGACGGCGCAGUCCAGAAGUGCUUCUACGAGGAAUUGCCCAAGGAUACACUGGUUGUUGGCCACUACCACGCUGAGCCCUGGGACGACGCGACCAAGUCCUACCUAUCCAAAUCCGAAGUCGGCGUCUUCGUAACCGUUGAAGAAACAUUCGACGACAACCACCGCAUCGUGGCCCAACGAGGCUCUGCCGAAGGCCGCUUCACUUUCAGCGCUGCCGACAGCGGACAGCACAGGAUCUGUGUCAUUCCCCAGAAUGUCCAGGGCGGAGGUGGUUGGUUGAACCAAGGUAUCCACGGUACUGUCAGGUUCACCCUCGACAUGGCGAUUGGAGAGACGAGCAGGAUCGAGAGCACGGACAAGGACAAGGUCGAGACGCUGGUGCAGAAGGUCAAGGACUUGAACUCGCGACUACUGGACGUCAGGCGAGAACAGGUCUUCCAGAGAGAGCGCGAGGCCGAAUUCCGCGACCAGUCCGAACACACAAACUCGCGCGUCGUCCGCUGGUCAAUUAUCCAGCUCGUCGUUCUCGGUGUCACUUGCGUCUGGCAACUAUCGCAUCUGCGCUCCUUCUUCAUCAAGCAGAAGCUUACCUAA